GGGGAUGAGAGACCUGGGGCAAAGAAGGAGAGGUUUGGUCAGAAAUGGGGGCACAGGCACCGUCCAUUCAUCUGCACCCGCUGGCUGCGGGCGAACCCCGGCACGUCCCGUCCCUGUGAACGCAGACCGGACUGUGACGGGGAUGUUGUUCCCUCUCAGGCCGUGGCAGGAGGAGGAGGAGGAGCAGGAGAUGAGCCAGCAUGUCUGAGGGCAGCAGGGGCAGCUCGCUGGCCUUUGGCCAGGUGGUCAUCGGCCCGCCGGGCUCCGGGAAGACGACCUACUGCCACGCCAUGAGCGCCUUCCUGGGUCAGCUGGGCCGCAGCGUGGCCGUGGUCAACCUGGACCCCGCCAACGAGGCGCUGCCCUGCCCCUGCGCCCUGGACAUCGCCGAGCUCGUCACCCUGCCCGACGUCAUGGCCAGCCUGGGGCUGGGCCCCAACGGGGGCCUCAUCUACUGCAUGGAGUACCUGGAGGCCAACGCGGACUGGCUGCGGGACAGGCUGCAGCAGCUCAGGGGACACUACGUCCUCUUCGACUGCCCCGGGCAGGUGGAGCUCUACACCCACCACCAGGCCCUGAAGAAUGUCUUUGCCCAGCUGGCCAAGUGGAAUUUCAGGCUGGCUGCCGUGCACCUGGUGGAUUCCCACUACUGCACAGACCCUGGGAAGUUCAUCUCCGUGCUCUGCACCUCCCUGUCCACCAUGCUGCACGUGGAGCUGCCCCACGUCAACGUCCUCUCCAAGAUGGACCUGAUCGAGCAGUACGGGAGGCUGGCUUUCAACCUGGAUUAUUACACCGAGGUCCUGGACCUCUCUUACCUCGUUGACCAUUUGGCCUCCGAUCCCUUCUUCAGGAAUUUCCGCCGCCUCAACGAGAAGCUGGUGGAGGUGAUCGAGGACUACAGCCUGGUGUCCUUCGUGCCACUCAACGUCCAGGACAAGCAGAGCAUGCGGCAGGUGAUGCAGGCCGUGGACAAGGCCAAUGGAUAUUCCUUCGGGGACCAGGAGCACCGGAGCCUGGAGGCGCUGAUGUCGGCAGCUGUGGGGGCCGAUUUCCACUUCUCUUCCACCCUGGCGGUGCAGGAGAAGUAUGUGCAAUCUCAGGACAAAGCCGUGGAAGAGGAGGUGAUGGAUCUGUGACACGCCCUUCCCCGCUCCUCUGUUUUGACACCUCUCCUUUUCCUAUCCAGAGCUCCAGCUGCGACUCAGAGCAACUGAAAGCCUUUCCAGGCAUUGUCUGGACUCCCUCUCUGGGUGGGUUUGACCUCCGAAGCUUCAGGCCUGCUGCCCAGAGUGGGGAUUUGGCAGAAGGGAGGUGGCUGAGGGUCUUCCCUUAGGAACGGAGAGACUGAGCCAGGGAAGGCAGGGAGAGUAAGGAAAAGAAGCGAGAUAAAGCCUCCUCCAUCAUGACCAGGAGAGCUCCAGAGACAGAAAAGUCAGCUGGAGCUGCCUCCUGUGCAGUGAGAGUUGAGGCAGCAGUCCUGGCUUUGCUGCAGGAGGAGCGUGCACGGGCCCCAUGCUCCCAGGGGAAUCCAGGCCGAGACGCCUCCGCGCCGUCUGAAGGACAGAAAGGCGUUUGUUUUUCUUUUUCUUAGAAAUAAUGAUGGACUCUUUCUUAAUAAAAUACUCCUCGGUCUCACUUUCA